CUAACAACUCAUAUAACUUCAGUCACAGCUGUCAAGUACAUGCAUGAUUGCGACCAUUUUAUUGCUUCAACGACCCGAAACCGCAUGAUUCCUUGAUUGAAAUCGGUGGCCAUGGCCAAUAAAAAAGCAAGGCAACGGAUUUCCUACGUCCUUCCCCUUGCGAAUUCGCCUGGCGGUCAUCGCCUUGGUGUCAAUGGACUUGCUGUAGAUAGUGAGCAAUCGAUAUUAUACUCGGGAGGACGAGAUGGAGCAAUAUGUGCUUGGAACCUCAAUCUUGACUUGAAUUCCUCGAUACCUUCCGAGAACCCCUUCGACUCCCCUGAAGAUCCUCUCGAGGAUGCGACCAAGGACUCGAGUCCAAAAAAGACCUCGACGACUUUCCGCGCGCAGACUCAGGCACACACCCAUUGGGUCAAUGAUAUCGUCCUUGCUCAAGACAAUGCCGCUCUGGUCUCAGCAUCAUCAGAUUUGACUGUCCGAGUGUGGCGACCCUUGUCCAACGAGUCUGAAGCUCCACAAACAAUAGGGCAACAUGCAGACUACGUAAAGUGUCUCGCAACACCAGGCCCGCAAGCAGACUGGGUUGCUUCUGGAGGACUUGACCGACGAAUAUGCCUCUGGGACCUUAGUGGUGCCGGCAAGAAGCUGGAAAUUGAGGUCGGGGACGAGGAGAAGAGUGAGAAGGGCUCUGUCUAUGCGUUGAGUGUAUGCCGUAGCAUGCUCGCCAGUGGUGGACCAGAAUCAAUUGUCCGACUAUGGGAUCCCAGGUCAGGAAAGAGAGUCACGAAGUUCGUUGGCCACACGGACAACAUCAGGGACAUCCUUAUAAAUGAGACCGGAGACACCAUCAUGACAGCCAGUUCUGAUCAGACGGUCAAAGUCUGGAGUGUCACAGCUGGGCGAUGCAUGCAUACAUUGACGAUGCAUAAUGACAGCGUCUGGUCUCUAUACUCCGAUGAUCCACAGCUUGGGAUAUUUUAUAGCAGCGACCGAUCUGGCUUGGUAGUCAAGACCGAUGUCCGCGGCACUCUGGGCGAAAUGGAUGAUGGUCUUGCUCUGGCUGUUGCACAAGAGAACGAGGGUGUUAACAAAGUGAUUGCAUGCGGAGAUUAUAUUUGGACUGCAACUUCCAGCUCGUCGAUCAAUCGUUGGACAAAUGUCGAUACCGGAGCUGAUAUUCAACUCCCAGAAGCUUACAGGCACCACCGUGCUUCAAGUGCAGCUUCAAGGCCUAGACAUCUCUCACCGCCAAUUGCAAAUGGAGAAGCAAAGAAGGAAAUACCUGCUCAAGCCGUGCUACGAAUAUCAAACACUGCUAGCUUCCCCACAGCAGCAGUCAGGGAAUCUGAUGCUGCUACAACAUACUCCUCCCUUAGCAACAUAAGGAAAGGCUCAGAGGUUAUCGUAGAUCCAGACAUUGGCGUUAUUAUACCAAUUCAGGCGCUACCAGAAGAGACGAUCGAAGGUCAGCAUGGUUUGGUCAAGCACAAGCUUCUUAAUGACCGCCGAAGAGCUUUGACCUUGGACACAGCCGGAGACGUUUUAUUGUGGGAUUUGUUGGGUUGUGUCCCAGUCCAAUCUUUUGGCAAGAAGCAUCUCGAAGAUGUAGAACCAGAGAUCAAUACGCUUGAAGCAGUUGCUCCGUGGUGCUCGAUCGAUACUAGGACAGGAAGACUCGCCGUUGUCUUAGAAGAGUACAACUGCUUCGACGCAGAAAUGUACGCAGACGAGCUUCAUCUAGACGAACCCGUAGAAUUCAGAGAAGAUCAAAGGAUAAACCUCGGAAAAUGGGUCCUCCGUCAUAUAUUUUCGAAUCUUAUCGAUGAGAUGAUUAAAAGAGACGAAAUCUUCAGAAAGGAGCUCAAUGACAACAUUAAGAAGAACGGCCAGAGAAAUAACGCUCCAACCUCUAUUCAAAUGCCUACCUCUGCUUGGCCAGAGGUCGGUGGCUCGGCUAUGACGCCUCGUGCAAACGGCACAUACCCUAUGACACCAGGCAUGGGUAUUGGUGUUGCCACUCCUGCCCCUCUGAAUCAUCUCCCAGGAGUUCCAGAAGAUGGGGCACCCUUAGACAAGAAGCUAUCCCAAGCUAGUCGAGACUCUGGUGAGAAGAGUGGUGACUAUUUCUCAAGCACGGCAAUUUCAACGGAGCCCACUCCCAAGCCCGCGGCGACUCCUGGUGAGCAAGCAGCUGAUGAUAAGCCGCCCAAAUCGCCAUCUGAUGCCGAUAAAGACACUAAUGGUAAAGAUGGUAACCAGUUCUUCGGGAAGAAAUUCCGCAUGGGAAUGUCCUUUGGAAGCAAGAAACUCGGACGAUCAGCAUCGGUCAAUACCGAUAAACCAGUAGUCGUGGAUGAGAAGGUCGAGGAAGGUUCGGAAACCUCAGAGAGUGGAGAGAAAGAGAAGGAAGUUGACGACAGCUUCUUUGGCAUCGUCCAAAAGAUCAGAAACGAGUAUGAUAAAACAGUGCUUGAAAACCCAGAGCAGCCCGUUGAGACAGGAAUCACUCCCAGUCUACCGAACGAGACGCCAGUCUUGAAGCCUCCACCAAUGACAACCGUCAUCAUCCAAGAAGAGACUUCAGGAGGAAGUGCAGAUUUAUAUAGAGGAACAGUGGCAACUGUUGGCGAAGAUGCGAAUCUAAUUGUAGAUCGAGCACCGAUGUGGCUUGGUGAUUUGCUUCUAAGGAACAGGAUACCUAUCAAAGAGCCAGUGAAGGUUUCCUUCGUCCUUCAGCCAUGGCAGGAAUUACUACCAAGCAUCGCUGGUCCAGAUGGUAAUUCUCGUUUGAACGCAAACAGAAUGCUGCGCGUGAAGAAGAUUCUGGCAUACGUGGCAGAGCGAAUUGAACCUGCGCCAGAAACUCCAGAUCCGAAUGCACUGAAACCAGAAGAAUAUUUAGAACUUUAUUGCUAUGACCAGAAACUCCCAAUUUCAAUGAGCCUGGCCACAUUGCGGGCUCAUGUAUGGAAAGGAGGCGCAGACGUCAUGCUAUAUUACAAGAGCAAUGGUCGUAAACCGAUCAAAUAUGAGAAGAAGCUGGAAACUGCAUCUAGCCCGACAACACCUGCUGCUCAGGCUACACCCAAUGUCUGAUUGUAUCUCUUAUGUACUGGCGCUAGUAAUCUAAUGAAAGGACAUUUAUGGGAAUAAUAUCUGUUGCAGUUGGCCCGGGUCAGAUCUUUGAUAUUUGUACAUUCUGAGAAAGCUAGCCGAGGAUGCUUAGACAUUUAAGCUUGCAUAUUUUUUAUAUCAUGAGUCGAUCAUUAUUUAGGCUUCACUUGCUACAGGAGAAGAUCUUCUAUGUAUUUCAAAAACUUGUUUCUGUAUCUUACAACGAAAUGUACAUU